AUGCAUCUCUUGAAUCAAAAGCCCAACCUUGCCACUCUCAAACUCAAAUCCGGCCAGACCUUCUCCGGUGUCUCUUUUGGCGCUGAUACGAGCGUCACCGGUGAAGCCGUUUUUACUACCUCUCUCGUGGGUUAUCCGGAAUCCAUGACCGACCCUUCAUACACUGGCCAAAUUCUUGUUUUUACUCAACCGCUCAUUGGCAACUAUGGCGUUCCAGGACCUGUCAAAGACAAGUACGGUCUCUUUAAGUACUUUGAAUCCGACAAGAUCCAAGUUUCUGGUAUCAUCGUCAACGACUACGCUGCUCAGUAUUCACACUGGACUGCCGUCGAGUCCUUGGGCAACUGGUGCAAACGCUUCAAUGUACCUGCCAUCACCGGUGUUGAUACGCGUGCCAUUGUGCAAGUUCUCCGUGAGCAAGGCUCCACGCUUGCCCGUUUAACUGUCCAUACUGCUGAAAGCGAUCCAGCAACAACCAAAGAAGCCGGUUUUCUGUGGGAUCCGAAUGCGGAGAAUUUAGUCGCUCGAGUGUCCACCCCGGCUCCUAUCCACUAUAAUCCAGAAGGCGACAUCAAGAUUGCCGUCGUAGACUGUGGUGUCAAGCAAAACAUCAUACGAUGCUUGACCAAACGAGGAGCAAGCGUCACUGUGCUGCCCUUUGACUAUGACUUCAACCGCGACCAAGAUAUCUACGAUGGUCUUUUUAUCUCGAAUGGUCCCGGUAACCCCGCAACGUGCGGUGUCACCGUGGUGAAACAUCUGCGUGAGGCUAUCGAGACCUAUGGCAAACCCAUUUUCGGCAUUUGCAUGGGCAAUCUAUUGCUUGGUAUGGCCGCAGGUAUGAACGUCUACAAGCUGCCAUUCGGCAACCGUGGUCACAACCAACCUGCUUUGCAUGUUCAGACUGGUCAGUGCUCCAUUACAUCCCAGAACCACGGCUAUGCCUUGGAUGACAAGGUCAUGCCAGCUGGUUGGAACAAGCUUUUCAUCAAUGCCAAUGACGGUUCCAAUGAGGGUAUCUGCCACGAAUCACUUCCCAUUUUCUCAGUGCAAUUCCACCCAGAGGCUAAAGGUGGCCCACAGGAUACAGAAUAUCUAUUUGAAGAAUUCAUCACUCUUGUACGCGCAGAGAAACUCAAGCGCAUGACAGAGGAUGAUGAUGUCGUAGCUGUAGCUUGA